AUGGCUCGACCAGCGGACUCGGAUGAUCCGUAUGGCUCAACAUUCGUCGCUACCCUCCACAAUGACACAUACCCCUUCAUCAAGCCAGAGAAUGGUAGUCCCUCGAAUAUCAAGGUCCUCGUCACGGGCACCAGCAAGGGCAUCGGAAAAGCCACUGUUAAGUCAUUCGCGCGAGCGGGUGCUUCAGCUAUAGCCCUGCUUGCACGCUCAAACCUCGACGAAGUGGCAAAUGAGGUGCUACAGGCAGCGAAGCAAGCUGGCAACAAAGCGCCGAAGAUAUUGAAGCUCCAGGCCGAUUUAACAGAUGCAGCCGCUGUUGAACAAGCCAUGAAGACUGUGGAACGCGAAUUCGGUUCUCUCGACGUGCUGGUGGACAAUGCGAGCCGACUUGAGAACUGGGUCCCUCUCGCCGAGAUGAACAUCGACGACUGGUGGCUGACAUGGGAGCUCAACAUCAAGGGGACAUUUAUUGUCACCCGGGCGGCAUUGCCAUUACUCCUCAAGAGUGAUUUGAAAACGGUGCUGAUGGUUACGAGUGCGGGAGCUUUUAUCGCCGCUCCGGGCGCAAGUGCGUACCAGACCACCAAGCUGGCGCAGAUCAAGUUGGUCGAUUUCCUAAUGGCAGAGUACGGUGAUAAAGGUCUCCUUGCGUUUUCCGCCCACCCAGGUGGAGUGCCUACCGAGACAGCGCUGAACAUGCCGGACAACUUUCAUUUUUACCUCACUCAGACGGCGGAACUGUCAGCCGAUACAAUUGUCUGGCUUACAAGAGAGAGGAGGGAGUGGCUUGCCGGUCGGUUUGUGUUUGGGCCUCUGGAUAUGGAGCAGCUCUCCACAAAGAAGGACGAAAUCGUGGAAAAGGAUUUGCUGAAGCUAAAACUUGUCGUCUGA